GCCGUCACAUAACAAUAAACAACCCUGAGACGAGGAUACGCACCUAGAGGACCGAAACAAACCUGCCAAAAUAUGAACCGAAACGACCGUCGGAAUUUAGAGUAAUUAACGACUUGUCAUUAAGUCUUCUGGGUCGCAUCGGCUCUGAUAGAAUUUUGAGUGUCAGUCUUAGGGGCUAACAGGAGUUGUGGACUAUCUUUUCCUUAGCCCCCAGUAGCUAGCUUCGAUUCCUUUUCCAUUCCUUGUUUUUGUACGCUCAGUGUUGGGUCUGUUAUGCAGUUGUUAGAGGACUGUUGUCGUACUCGUUCUCCGCCAGCUCUUCGUUCCCUCUCCCCGCUAUCUCUGGCCCCAUGUCUCGCUGGCUUUUCCCCUGGUCGGGCUCCAUCAAGAAGCGGGCCUGUCGAUACCUUUUACAGCACUACCUCGGACACUUUCUGCAAGAAAGACUAAGCUUGGACCAACUGGGCUUGGAUUUAUAUAACGGCAGCGGUGUUAUCAAGGAAAUAAACCUCGAUGUCUGGGCGGUCAACGAGCUAUUGGAGUCUUUGGGGGCCCCUCUGGAGAUAGUUGAUGGCUUUGUAAGCAGUAUAACUGUAACCAUCCCAUGGCAAGCUCUGCUCACCGAUCACUGCACCUUGGAAGUCUCUGGUCUACAGAUAACAUGUCGACCCAAGUACAGGACAAGUGGAGGGUGGGACUCACAAGUUUGGUCAUCAAGCAUGACAUCCAGCAUGCAGCUGGCCCAGGAGUGUCUGAAGGACCCUCCUGAGACAUCAGAAGACCCACCAGCCCCGUUGGAGGGGCUUGAAAUGUUUGCACAAACUAUUGAGACGGUUUUACGUCGCAUUAAAGUCACCUUUAUAGACACUAUUGUUCGCAUUGAGCAUCAUCCCCUGGAUCUGGAAACAGGUGUGGCCUUGGAAGUGCAAAUCAAACGGCUGGAGUACUUUGAUGAAGCAGUGCGGGACCCUACUAGUCAGACAGCUGUGCCAGUUGACAUACACCAGCCCCCUGCUGUCCUGCACAAGAUCCUGCAGCUGAGUGCUGUUCAGCUUUUUUAUGACAGCACUGGUAUAGGACAGGAUCACCCUGAACAUAAAGAUGCAGUCAGUGAGGGACACAAAGAGGGUGAUGAAGGUGGCAAUGAGGGGAAGUCGUCCCCUGUCUCUCAGCCUCUUCUCAUUGGAAGCUGCUCUGGCUUUAUUGAAACUAUUGUCAAGAUCAAACAGAAUGACAUGCUUCCUGGACCAAAGUUUGAGUUAGAUGGGAAGGUGGGCUGUGUUCACAUGCUGCUGUCUCCAGAUCAAAUAACCCAUCUCACCGACCUGUUAGCAGCCCUCUGCAUAAACACAGAGGUUGAUAGUAAGGUUGGUGGAGUGCACUGUCGUCCUCUAGACUCAGAUGAUUUCCGUAUGAUUGAGGAAGAUCUCAGUAAACAACUUGGUUCUAGCCCAAGAGAUGCAGAGUGGGAAGAUGAAGCCGAGCUGGAACCUUAUGUGACUGGGCUGGAAAAUGGAGAAAUGUUUUACUCAAUGGGUCCUGCAGGGAUGACUAGUAGUGUUACAUCUGUUCGUUCUGGAAGUGAGAUGUCAGACAGUGAUAUGGAGUCUUCUUCUCAUAGUCUUUCUAGUCUUGCCCAACCCACAGUAUUAACUGUACAGGGGAUGGUGAAUUGUCCAAGACGAUAUCCAGUAGCUGGCUGCUUGUCAAGUCUCCCACAAUCCAACACAAGGCUCAGAGGACGAUCACGUAGCAGCCAAGCAGAACAGAUGAAGCCUGAUGCCCUGCUACGUCUCACACUUGGUGGGCUUACACUCACUCUUCUUCAAGAGGAUCCAUCCACCAGCAGCCAAAUGGCCAGACCUUUAGCCCAGGUGUCUCAGGUCUUCUUUAAGGAGCUGGUGUCCUUUAAGGACAGCAUGUUUAGUGAAAGAGACUUCCACCAUUUAAGAAGUAGCUUUGCUAAAGCUUGUCCACAUUCCCACCUCAGGUUAACUGGAGCAGCAGUGCAGGUUUCUUGUGAAAUGCGGAGUGGAAGACGCAGCAGUCGUGCAGUGACCUCUGACCUCUCCUUCAGCAGACUGGAGCUGCUGGAGUGCCUUUGGGAGGAAGGCAAGCCACAAUACAGUGAGCUGAUUCAGUUUCAGAAAGCAGGUUUGUUCACAGUGGGAUGUACAGCCAGACCAUGUGCUCAGCUGCACUACAGCCUCAGUGAAAAACAGCAGAGAAAGGGUAAACAGCGGAUCUUCAGAAAAGAAAGUGUGGUGCGAAUAGAAUUAGCCGAGCUGACCGCAGAGUUGGACCUGGACAUCCUCAGUCGUUUGAGUAACCUGAGCAGAGCCUUCAGUCACUGCCCGUCACAGAGUCCAAGCCCCGGGCAUACACAGACCCAGGGCAGUGAGCUGUAUUCUUCCUUCUCUCUUCUCUCUCCUCACGCUGUCCUCAGAUUGCGCUUUCCCAUACCAGACUUGCGGCCUCCAUCAAAGCGCAGACUCCCAACCCAAAGAGCUGUUCGUCAAGAGACCUUGGUCCUGGAAUUGGAUGAACUAGAGGUCAAACACCAAGAAGCUCCAGACCUCCAGGAGCAGACCAUGCCGGGACAGCCUUGGGCACCCAGCCUCACUCAGUUGCUUGAGGCUUCCUUUACCAACCUUCAUGGGUCUUAUGAGGGCUGGGAAGGAGGCUCUUUCCCAUGUGUCAGAGUACAGAAGAGUAAAGACUCUAUCCCCAGGAUCUCAGUGCGUGUCCGUGGUGGGGAGGCCCAUGUCCCAGCUGCAGGAAUGGGUGGAGUGGGCCUCAUCAGAGACCAAGGAGCUGCCUUUUUUGAAAGCCACUGUGAACUUCAAGAUAAAACAAGCUCACCCUUCUCUUCUAACCGGACAAUGUUUGAAACGGAAGAGAUGGUGAUUCCUGCAGAUGCAGAAGAGAUGAAACAGUUUCAAGCCCAGUCUGUUGCUCAUUGUCAGUGUGCUGUGGAUAUCAGCCUGCCUUUGGUUUACAUUCUGCUGCCUAGUAAACAGGCCUUCCAGAGUAUCUACAACAGGAUCAAUAACGAUCUCCUGAUGUGGGAACCACCACCACCUCCUCCUUCAAACCAUAGCCCUGACCAAAGCCAUAGGUAUGAUGAGUUUCAUCUCUGCAAAUCAGCCUUCAGACUGGACUCUGACUCAGAGGAAGAUGAGCCCUCUUACCACUUGGCCAAUGAUUUGUCUGGAAAAACUCAGACAGCUGCUCGUCCCUGCCACAACCUCAGCCUUCUCUCCCUCACUGUGAUCAUGGACAAAGGUCGUCUUCAGGCGCGAACAGAUGAGAAGGAAGAACAAGGUCAAGGAGAAUUUGUAUUGGAUCUUGAAGGAGGAAAAAUCUUCAGUGUGGCACAGUAUCAGAAUGACCCUAACCUAAACUACCUAUGUGUAGAAAGCAGAAAAGUUGAGCUCUACCAUCGAGCUGUAGUGAAAGAUCUCUUAAUGCCGGCACACUUGGAGAUCCCUAGUUUUACCCCACCAAAGCACCUAGACCCUACUAUCUAUCCCACAGAAGCUGGUGUGAGCAGUGUCAGUGGCAGAGAGGCUGACACCAUGAUGUUGUCCACAGCUAUCAAAAUCACACUUGACCUCCAAAAAAAUGUUAAAGAAUUCCUAGUCGCUUUACGAUUGCAAGGAGCCACCAUGAGACAUUACAUGACACAAACGGAUCAAAGUUGGCAUGAACAGCUUGUUGAAUUUCUUGAUGUUAUUGAUGAUCCCAUUCUGGGAUACACUGCUCCUGCUGUCAUCACUGUUCUCCAUACACACCUUGCUUCCUGUGCUGUUGACUACCGACCACUCUAUUUACCAUUGCGAGUGUUGCUCACAGCAGAGUCUUUCUCAUUGUCCAGUAAUAUCAUCGUUGACACUGCAACAUUUCACCUCAGAUUUAUUCUAGAUGAUUCUGCCCUCUACCUCUCUGAUAAAUGUGAGACUGACACAGUGGACUUGAGAAAAGACUAUGUGUGUAUUCUGGACAUUGACUUGUUGGAACUUGCCAUUACCACAUGGAAAGGAAAUUGUACGGGCAAACUUUCUCAACCACUUUUUGAGCUGCGUUGCUCAAAUAAUGUGGUUCACAUUCACACCUGUGCUGAUUCCUGUGCUGCUCUGGUCAAUUUGCUGCAGUACCUGGUCUCACAGGGCGACCUACAUCCUCCUCCACGUCAUGCUUCCCCUACAGAAAUUGCUGGCCAGAAAUUACCACUAGCAGAAACUCCUGUGUCUGUGGUGGCCUGCCCUCCAGCUGAAACAGCUGAGAUUAACCAAUGUGAUCUAACAGAUGCCUUAAUUGAUACAGAGAAGAGCCACACUGAAGAAAGUUUGGAGACGGGGGCCUGCUCCGUGCCACGAGGCUCUCCCGUGUCUGUGUACCUGUUUCCUGGUGAAGCCUCGAAGCACAGCCCCACUGGUCUCCAUGACAAUGAGUCAGAGCUGGAUGGACUGGUUACUACAGCAACAGAAGCUCAACCAGACAUGGCAAUGUCAGAUGAAGCAUCAGAUGGCUCCACUGACAAUGAUGACUUCUGCAUUUUAGAGGCUCCAGGCAUUGGUAUUCCUCCCAGAGAUGGGGAGCCAGUGGUUACAGUUCUAGCCCAGGGUCCCAUACGAGUGAAAGAGAGUCAUUUCUCCAGACCCAGAGGUAGCUCAGACCUGCUCCGUGCACCAAGCCGCUUCCCUGUGCCCAAAAACAGGAUGGUGCUGCGAGAAAUUUCUGUGGUCUGGCAUCUUUAUGGAGGAAAAGAUUUUGGAGGCAAAUCCAUUUCUAUACAUAAUCAAAAUGCUAACAGGGCUCGUUCAGUUCCUGCUGGUGUUCGAGGAUCACCGUCCCGCUCUGUGGGCUCUUCUCGUCCACAAAACUCCUGGCGCUGGGCUGGAGGCAGCGGUCGCCAACACUCAUUGCUAAUGGAGAUCCAGCUAACCAAGGUUUCAUUUCAACAUGAAACCUACCCAGUUGCUAUAGCAUCACAUGAGGGGGACGGAUCCCUGCCUGCAGGUGGAAUAAUAGGCCUAAGCGGAGAGCAGCCACUGUCCAGACAAGUGUUCAUAGUCCAGGAGCUAGAGGUGCGGGACCGCCUGGCUUCCUCACAAAUAAACAAAUUCCUCUACCUCUACACCAGCGAGAGCAUGCCUCGACGAGCCCAUUCAAACAUGCUGACAGUGAAGGCCCUGCAGGUGUGUCCAGAGUCUGGCCUUGGCAGUCCAGAGUGCUGUCUCAGGGUCAGCUUGUUGCCAUUAAGAUUAAACAUUGACCAGGAUGCACUGUUUUUCCUGAAGGACUUUUUUAGUAAUUUAGCAUCCUCUGUUAACCCAUACCUGCCAAUGGACCCCGCCACAGAGGUAAAAGCUGACUCCACACAAAAGGAGGAGGUUGAAACUGGAUUGGGACCUGAUCUUUCAGCCUCUGUGGAAACUACCUACAGUGAAAGGAGUUCAUCCUCUGCUGGCUCCACCUCCUCAUCUGACCAGCCCAUCUAUUUCCGAGAGUUCCGUUUUACCUCUGAAGUGCCUAUCUGGCUGGAUUAUCAUGGCAAACAUGUUGUCAUUGAGCAGGGAACAUUUGCAGGAAUUUUGAUUGGCCUGGCACAGUUAAAUUGUUCUGAACUUAAACUAAAGAGGCUAUGUUGCAGGCAUGGCCUUCUUGGUGUUGACAAAGUGAUCCAGUAUGCAGUCACUGAAUGGCUGGCUGACAUUCGGAAGAAUCAGCUGCCGGGCAUUUUGGGAGGUGUAGGCCCUAUGCAUUCUGUUGUACAGCUAUUCCAUGGCGUGCGUGACUUGUUCUGGUUGCCCAUUGAGCAGUAUAGAAAAGAUGGGCGCAUUAUUCGGGGUCUCCAGAGGGGUGCAGCAUCUUUUGGCACCUCUACUGCGUCAGCUGCUCUGGAACUGAGCAACAGGCUGGUUCAGGCCAUCCAGGCCACAGCAGAGACAGUGUAUGACAUCCUUUCUCCAACACCUCCUCUUAAUCGCUGUGCCAUCACUGAAGGCCGGGUGACAACCAGCAGGUCACGAAGGGCUGCCCAACCCGCUGAUCUAAGGGAAGGAGUUGCUAAGGCUUAUGACACAGUCAGAGAGGGGGUGAUUGACACAGCUCAGACUCUGUGCGAUGUAGCAUCUCGUGGACAUGAACAGAAGGGUCUCCCUGGUGCUGUGGGUGGGGUUUUACGGCAGAUCCCACCGACUGUUGUCAGACCUUUAAUAGUGGCAUCUGAAGCCACUUCCAAUCUGCUCGGUGGCAUGAGAAACCAGAUUAAGCCAGACGCACGGAAGGAGGAUUUCCUAAAAUGGCGCACAGAGGACAGCCAGGAAUGAUGGAAGAGACUUUUGUGUGAAUGUUUGUAUGUGCUUAUUAUUUUUGACUUGAAGGGAGCAAAUGCAGGGUUUAAACAUGUAUUUGCAUGUAUGUAUGUGCAUGGGUGUAUGGACUAACAAGUAUCUGGUAACCACAAACUACUACUGCAGUCAUUAACACCAUCUGUUUAACAUCUCAAUAAUACAAAAAUCAAAUACCUUUUUUCUUUCUCAUAUUUACAGGUUACUUUCUGUUACAAACAUAUUGCUAAUUCACACCAGAAUUCUUGCUAAAUCUUGAUAGUCUGAUGAUUUUAUUUUCCAAGACCUCAUCUACAUACUACUACUAGAAGGAAAUUUGUAAUAACUAGUGUCCCUAGGUUGUCUUGCAAAAUUUAGUUUGCAGCCUACCAGUCUUCUCAACUUUUAAACAGUAUUACCAAACUCAGCAGCACCUUGUUGAGAUCUUGGUGAAUUGCUGGUCAUGGGUAUUCAGUCUGUUAUGGUGAUAACAAAAAAUAAAGAUCCUCUAUGCUUUUGUUUAUUCGUGCCAUAUAACCUUGCCUGUUUGCAGUUGUUUCACUUAACAAACAACUGCCUUUCCCAUUGCAUCUAUCAUAUUUUUUUUCUGACAGACCUUUAUAAUUUGCUGUUUUAAUUGACAGUGGAAUUGGCUACAUUCAAUCUUCAUAAAUCCUUUGGCCAUGUCUUUAGUUGCCUUGUUCAGCAUUUUAAUCUUUUAACUUUUGUCAUAUUUAUGUUUGAGCAAUGGACAUAUAAAAACUGAGGGGAAAUGUGGGAUUUUAUGUUUUUGGAAUAGAUGUGAAGAGUGUGUGACAGCAUAUGAAAAUGCUAUCUUUGUGAGAGUAUGAUGCAUGCUUGUGAGGAUGACUGAUGCUAAUACUUCCACCAAGUGUGUAAUUUGUAUUUUCGUUUAUGUUAACUGUUUGAAUGACUUAACACAAAAAGAAAGUGUACAUCUUUAAUACAAAAAUCUCAAUAAAAAUCUGUCUAAAAACUGAAAA